GGGCGCGGAGCCCGCGCGGGGCCGGCGGGAGCAGCGCAGGCGGACGGCCGCGGAGUCCGAGCCGCGCGCCCCUCCGCGUCCUCGGCCCACGCCGGGCUGGAGCCAUCGCGGGACCAUGGUGUUGGACCAGGAGGACGUUCGUAGUUCCUUGCAAUUCUGAGGCACAAAAGUAGGUGAGACUGCUUUUGUAUCUGCGAAGUGCUUCACUCCUGAAUGUAAUUCUAGCUGAGUGCAAUCUAGGUUAAGAGCCGGACAAGCGGGUAAUUAGAGCCCGCUCGCUGCCCGAGGACCGGCCGCCCCGCCGAAGCGCGCCCCGAGUCGGCGCCCUUCUCCCGGCCGAGCCGAGCUGCGGCUGGACACGGAGCGCCCGAGAUGAUGGUGCUGGACAAGGAGGACGGCGUGCCAAUGCUCUCCGUCCAGCCCAAAGGGAAGCAGAAGGGCUGUGCGGGCUGCAACCGCAAGAUCAAGGACCGCUACCUGCUGAAGGCACUGGACAAGUACUGGCACGAGGACUGUCUCAAGUGUGCCUGCUGUGACUGCCGCCUGGGCGAGGUGGGCUCCACCCUCUACACCAAGGCCAACCUCAUCCUGUGCCGACGCGACUAUCUGAGGCUUUUUGGCACCACAGGAAACUGCGCCGCCUGCAGCAAGCUGAUCCCAGCCUUCGAGAUGGUGAUGCGGGCCCGGGACAACGUAUAUCACCUCGACUGCUUCGCCUGCCAGCUCUGCAACCAGAGAUUUUGUGUGGGAGACAAAUUCUUCCUGAAGAACAACAUGAUCUUGUGUCAGAUGGACUAUGAGGAGGGACAGCUCAAUGGCACCUUUGAAUCCCAGGUUCAGUAAUGCCCGGCGCCUGGCCUCCAGGCCCAUCUGUCCGUCUGCCUGUCUGCCCGUCUGUCCACCCGCCUGGCCGGCCAGCCACUCUCCUGCCGAUUAGAACUCCUCCGUCCUCGAUGGGAGGGACGGCCCUUCCUUCGCCGCCCGUCUGUGUGUGACCCCUCCUGGGGCCAGGCUGGGCCUGUACAGUCUGUCUUCUGUAUAUAAAUGGGAACAUUUAUUUUAUGAGAAAUGUAAUGCAAUUUUAUUACUGGCGUGGAUUAAACUUAUGAAUGUU